AAUUUAUUUUUCAUUUUUUUUUUCUCUUUCUUUUUUUUCUUAUCUCUUUUUUUUUACGAAUACAAUGCCAUCUUGUGUUUACAUCUUACUAUUGUAGUCCCAUGAUGUUUCAGAAUAUCUGAUUGCAUUUUUAUCAUACGUUAUGUGAAUGUCAAAUAUGAAAUAUUGUUUGUUAACUACUUAAUAAUUAGAACUUAUAUUAUUUUGAAUAUUAAAAAAUUAAAAACAAAAUGAUAAUAUAGAUUUCUUAAAUGUUAUUGUAUUUUUAUAAAGUCAUACAUUAACUUCAUAAAAAUGAAAACUAAUAAUCAAGAUACAUUUUGUAAAAAAAUGCGAAAAGCUACAAAAGAAAUUCAUUCAAUUAGUGAUUCAUUAGUGAAUGCAAAAUUAGCAUUUGGAUUUCUUGAUAAUUCUGUAUGGGCAGAUGGUCUUUUGGUUUUUUAUGAAGUUUUUCGAUAUUUGGAACUUGCUAUGAUAAGAUGGAAAGAUACAGAAAUAGGUUUAUUUUUACAUGAAGAACUUCGUCGAACUGAAGCAUUUGAAAUUGAUCUUGAAUUUUAUUUAGGAAAAGAAUGGAAAAAAAAUCUUAAUAUUCGAGAUAGUGUUACUAAAUAUCUGAUUCAUUUAAAAGAAAUCGAAGAUACAGAACCUAUUUUGCUAAUAGCAUAUAUUUAUCAUUUGUACAUGGGUCUUCUAAGUGGUGGAAUUAUUUUACGUAAAAAAAGGGAAUUAAUGAAAAAAUUUUGGCCAUUUAAAGAAUAUCAAAUGAAUGGUAAUAAUAUUACAAAUUUUGAAAACAGUAAUAUCUUUCAACUUAAACAACAUAUGCGCGAUACUAUGAAUAAAAUCGCGGAAAAAUUAGACGAAGAUACAAAAAAUAAACUUAUUGAAGAAAGUAAAACAGUAUUUACAUUAAAUAAUGAAAUUAUAAGAAGCAUACAAGGUACAGGCACUAUUAUGCUUAAGAAAACAAUAUAUUUUGUUAUUCCCAUUAUGCUAAUUUUUUUAGCAUUUUUUGUAUCUUUUAGAAAAAUGUGAUAUUUAUUUAACAAAGAAGAUUUUUGUUAUUUAUCCUACUGUUUAAAAGUCUGGAAGCAAUCUUUACAUAAAGUAACAUCUUUACAUAAAAUAACAUCUUUGCAUAAAUUUUUUUUGUAAAUAAUUAUUAAAUAAUUACUUAUAAUAUAUAUUAUAAUAAUGUUAUAGUAAAUAUUUAUUGACAACUAUGUUAAAAAAAAAAUUAAUCAAUAGAAUAUCCAAAAUUUGUUUUCAUAUUAUUAUCUUUAUUUCAAUUUUUUUUAUUUAAUAAAUUUUAUUUGUAAUAAGUAGUUUAAUAAAAUUUUGCUUAAAUUUUUAAAAUUUCUUAUUGCUUUCAUAUUUUUGGAUGGUAAUGUACAUAUGAAUAGUUUUUAAUAGUUUUAAAUAAUUUUUAAAUUUGAAACGAUGAAAUUGUUAAAUAUUUAAUUAUUUUAUGUAUGUAUGUAUAUAUAUAUAUAUGGAUAUUUAAUGGAGAAAUUUAAAAUAAAUUGUUUGUAAAAUAAAAAAGAAAA